AAGGGGACUGGAGACAUCCCAUUUACAUCAGGGCUGGGCAGUAGUGGGUGGUGAUGACUGGUCUCUUGUGUGUAGUUUGGGGGAGAUUAGAAAGAAUUACUGAGAGCUUCCCUAAUCUUUGCUGUCGUCUUUUUUCUAGCCCCUCUCCUCUCACUGGGAGGAGGCAUUAAAGUCCAUCCCCUCCCCCAGUAUAUUGCUGGUGCGCUCAGACCACUGCUGUGUGUGGUUCCUGUCUGCGGAGCCCGUGGGGAGGGGGAGAGAGGAGGACCCUUUAAAGAGAGCACAACCCAAACACAGAGUGAGAUUGUCCGUUUCCUUUCUCUGUGUGUGUUCAUUGUCUGUUCCCCACGCCCCAUGGUGUCUCCUCUCCAGGUUUGGGGUGUGUGGUGGGGGGGUCGCUAUGUCGGAUGACGAUUCGAGGGCCAGCACCAGCUCCUCCUCAUCUUCAUCCUCCAACCAACAGACAGAGAAAGAGACAAACACGCCUAAGAAGAAGGAAAGUAAAGUCAGCAUGAGUAAAAACUCCAAACUCCUCUCCACCAGCGCCAAGAGGAUUCAGAAGGAAUUGGCGGACAUCACUUUAGAUCCACCUCCCAACUGCAGUGCAGGCCCCAAAGGUGAUAACAUCUAUGAAUGGAGGUCGACUAUUCUAGGACCUCCAGGCUCAGUAUAUGAGGGUGGAGUUUUCUUCCUUGACAUCACAUUUACACCAGAAUAUCCAUUCAAGCCUCCAAAGGUUACAUUUCGGACAAGAAUCUAUCACUGUAAUAUUAACAGCCAAGGAGUGAUUUGCCUGGACAUUUUAAAAGACAACUGGAGCCCAGCACUAACUAUUUCUAAAGUUCUUCUCUCCAUCUGCUCACUUCUCACAGAUUGCAACCCUGCUGACCCCCUGGUUGGAAGUAUUGCCACUCAGUAUAUGACAAACAGAGCAGAGCACGACAGAAUGGCCAGACAGUGGACCAAGAGAUAUGCUACAUAAAUUGGAUUUUUGUCAAACUCUUACAUUAUUUGUCUGUGAUGGAAAGAGCUGCUUAUGAUUUUGAAGGGGUGGGGGGCAGGGGUGGGUGCUGGUAAAGAGUAGGGUAUUUCUAUAACAGAUUUUAUUCAGUCUUUUAUUUCCUAAGAUUUUGUUGUUGUAACUUAAGGUAUCUUGCUACAGUAGACAGCUAGAAUUGGGAAUAGCAUAUUUUAAGACUGUCAUUAGUUCAGCAAUAUUAGCUCGCAUAUAGUACCGAGAAGAAUGUAAACUUCUUAGACAUCUUUUGGUUCAGUUGCUUAAGAUAUGUAUAAGAUUAAAACAGCUUAAUUUUGUACAGGUACAUAUGUUGACAUUUAUGUAAAAGUUCUUUCAAAACUACACUUUUUUUUUUUUUUUUUUUUGUAAAAAGAUGUGGGGAUUAUGUCCCCUCGGGAGGGCACGUUGGUAUUUAACAAAUCAUUUUAAAAGACUGUCAUCUCAUGAUAUGAUAUGGAGGAGUGAAUAUAUGGCCUCAUAUAGGAAAUGAGAAGUAGUUAAUGUAUUAUUUUAUAAGCCAAUCUACCUUUGUGAAAAGAAUAAAGGUUUUAAUCGGGACUUAUGGCAACCUGUAGUGAAAUACCUUAAGCUGUUUAAAUGUAAGGCGUGGAGUAGGAGUCACUCAGUGGAUUGGUUGUAUGUCGUGGGCUACUUAAGUCUGCAUUUGUUACUGUGCUAAUAAAAAAUGUAAAAAAA